AUGGCCUCAUUCGCAGCACGAGUACCAUUCAUCAACUCAAAUCCAAAUGACGCGUCGAAGAGAUUGAGCUGGCAGGAUCCUCGAGACCCGCCAGCUCAUGCUAACGAUCGAGCCUUUCCACACAUCAAGGAUAUAAUCACUCAGUCGCAGCCCAUAUUCGAUCCUUCUAUACCUGUGACCGAAUACCUAAAGCAAGCGGAGUCUUGUUUGAAGACGGCACAAUCUUCGUUGAGUUUUGGCAAGGUCGAUGUCGCAUUUCGAGAGUACCUGACAGCCUCUGAGAUCUUAGUGUACAUAAUACCAAGGCACAAGGAUUAUGGUCUCUUCAACUUCAACAAUCAGAAGUGGUCACAGGCCAACAAGAAUGCUCGUAACGUUGUGGCGAGCAUGCGCCCACAGAUGGAAGGUGUAAGGAAGAUCAUCGAGGACAAUAAUGCGCGGCACAAUACUCAACAACAAUCUACUACGAGCGGCAGAGACGCCAUUACUCUUGCUUCACCGGAUCCUGGUCAGCAGCAUGCUCGGUCUGACUCACAGGCGAGUUUGCGAUCGAAUGGCAGCGUAGAAAUACCAGAUGUUCUUAAGGUUACAAAAGCCAGGCCUGCUAGCGUUUCGAAACCUGACCAUUUGAGAGCUGGUUCCAAUACUACUGCAAACGAUCUAUCCUCGAGGUUCGCAGCACUGAGAGCUUCAGGCAGUCCACCUCCGCCACCAGGCUCUCUGCAGAUGCCAGAUGUGGCCAACUUCCAGUCCAAUGGACAAAAUGGAACCGCAAGACCAACUGGCCCUCGAGAUAUGCCAAGUGUGCCUCCCUCGUUGCCUGCCAAACUUCCUUUAGCAGCCACAGAAAUGCCCAAGCCACCGGAUCCCACCUUCUCCGUUGCUCAGUCGGCGCGGUUGUCCCGCGAAGUGCACAGACCGCCUACAGAACGAAAGCAGACUUACUACGGACAACCAAUUGCUCACAUCUCGAAUCCCCAACUUCAAAGGCAUAAAGAAGAGGUACAACCUUAUCGCCCACGUACACCUAAUGGAGUGAAUCUAGCCAUCGUACAGAAAAGCAAUUCUGCUGAAAUUCCCCACCAUGAUAUGAUCGAUGCUGAAACACUGUCGAGCUAUAUCAGGAAGUAUAAUGUCUUGCUUGUGGACAUCCGCGACCGCUCACAGUUUGACGAAGGUCAUAUAUUUGCUACGUCCAUUCUUUGUAUAGAACCGCUUGCCCUUAAAGAAGGUACAUCUGCGGAGAUUCUAGAAGAGCGGCUUGUGCUAUCUCCUGACAAUGAGCAAAACUUGUUCGCUCGGCGAAACGAGUUUGACAUUGUUGUCUACUACGAUCAGAACACCAGUGAUAACAGCUACCUUCGUGGCAGUCCGUCGAUGACAAGAGCUCCUCAUCUAAGAGCCUUCUUUGAUACAUUAUACGAGUUCAAUGAGUACAAGCCCCUGAAAGAUGGCAGGCCUCCAGCUCUGCUUCGAGGUGGUCUGGAUGCAUGGGUUGACCUGAUGGGCUCCCAUUCGUUGGCUACCUCGAGGACAGCAGCAAUGCUCGGUACCACUCGACAAAGACCAGCUCUUGUGGCAGGGCGCCCACUUGGCCGCCAAAGGCUAGUUAGCACUAAUUCGAGGUUUGAGAUCCGUGAUCGUCGGUUGCGCAACCACAAGUUCUUGAAUGAAGAUGAGCAGCAGGCCUGGAGACAACAGGCUGAGCAGGAACAGGUUGUAACCAACGAUGAAGCACAAGUCAGCGACAGCGAAUAUCUUGAAGAUGAGCCGGAACCGAUGUCCCCUUUUGUUCCAGACUACGAAACGUUCCUCCGACGCUUCCCGGCUAUGGAGCAACAAUCUAUGGUUGUCCCUCCUCGAAGGCCUGUAGUGCCACCAAAACGUUAUGAGCCUGCACCGUUGCCGUCCAUGCCUUCGAGACCAACUCCUGCAGUCCCACGACCUAGCUACACAGGUCAGGCAGAGCUGAUCCAACCCUCGGCGCCACUUGCACGUGUAACCUCUUCUACGAGACAGCCGUUGUAUAGCUCUUCUUCGCGUAUACUGUCGAAGCGUCUCCCCAGAACCGGCCUUACGAACUUUGGUGUCACUUGCUAUAUGAAUUCGACACUGCAAUGUCUCUCGGCGACUGUACCAUUGGCAAAUUUCUUCCUGGAUGAGCACGCUUACAGGCAAAAUUUACAAAAGAACUGGAAGGGCAGUUCAGGUAUCAUGCCUGAGAUAUUUGCCAACGUCAUACGCUCUUUAUGGAAAGGCGAUGUUGACAUGAUCAAACCAACCACGUUCCGAAACUUCUGUGGUCGUAUGAACAGGGAAUGGGUCAUAGACCGGCAGCAAGAUGCGAAAGAAUUUUUCGACUUCCUGGUUGAUUGUCUCCAUGAGGAUUUGAAUAUUGCUUGGCAAAGAACGCCGCUAAAACCGCUUACAGCUGAGCAGGAGAUGCAGAGGGAAAAGUAUAAGAUAACAGAUGCCGCGCCGAUCGAAUGGUCACGAUACGAGCACAGAGAUCGAUCGUUCGUAUCGUCGCUUUUUGCGGGACAGCACGCUUCACGAUUGAAGUGCCUCACUUGCCGAAACACAAGUACAACAUACGAAGCCUUUUACAGCAUAUCUAUUGAGAUUCCAAGGUCUGGCACUGGAGACAUACAUCGCUGCCUUCAAUCAUACACCCAGGAAGAACGCCUAGCACCAGAUGAGAGGUGGAAAUGUCCUUACUGCAAGUGUGAGCGAGACGCAACGAAGCAGAUCAUUCUCACGAGACUGCCACAGUUCUUAGUCAUUCAUUUCAAGCGUUUCAGUGCCGGUCGCUCUGAUGGAGGCGGAACGCGCAAAGUCCAUACACCUAUCGAUUUCCCUCUGCACAAUCUCAACAUGGACAGGUACGUCCUCAGCCCGCCUACGCCUCAAACGAAUGGUACACAGACCAAUGGCGAAUCGUCCACGUCUUCGGGUCCUGAUCCUAGCACUCUACCACCAUUUUCAUAUGAUUGCUAUGGCGUCCUUAGACACCUAGGCUCAUCUGGCGAUGGUGGUCAUUACAUCAGUCUAGUAAAAGAUCAAGCAAGAGGUUGCUGGCGCAAAUUCGACGACGAGAGACACUACGACUUCGAUCCUUCACAAUUAGCGCCUAGGGAUCGUCUACAGAAUGGUGAGGCAUAUAUAUUGUUUUGGCAGAGAGUUAUGCCGCGGUGA